UGUCUUGCAGUCUGGGCAGGCUGCCAGCCCCCUCCCCUGCUCUGGAUCUGUGUUCUCUGCACAUACCAAGCCAAGCCACACAAUGCUGCGCUCCCUACACCAAGAGGCACAGAUAUUUGCAGUGAUGCUUCUGUUCCCAGACCUCCCUGUCAGCAGCGGAGCCUUCACGCAGCUCUGAUGGCAGAGCAGGACAGGUGGACUGAGCUGGAGGAGGAAAACCACAUCAUCACCUGUUUGGGACAUUUUGAGCAAUAGAAGAUUAACACAAAAAAAGGAGUCCACCCACCUCCACCCUCCUUUACUUUAUCACAUGCACACUCGCUCACAUACAUCCCCCUCGCCGUUCAUUCCCUCUCUGUGUCUGAUGCUGGUGUGCUGAACAGCAGAGCACUCUCGGCUGAGCUGCAUGGAGGCACAGGGAGGGGCAGGGAGCCCAGUGACUCCAUUCCUCCAAAGCCAGCUUCACUGCCAACAGUUCCAGAUCUCCUACGUCAUAGUUCUGCUCGGCUGGGGAAAGACGACGAGAGUAGAAAGCGCAGGGAUGGAGACACUGAUCGGAGGAGGAGACUUGGGACAAAACUGCUCCAACCCCGGUGUCAGAGGCGUCAACUUCCAAGAGCCCAACAAAGACAUCCAGAAGCUGCUGAGGCCAUCCAGCUCAGGUGAUCUGUCCAAGGAGCUGUUCCAGCAUCCAUCAGGAGAAGCAGAGGGCAGUCUGUCUGGCCACACUGCUAGUCUUCUGCACAUCAGUGAGAAGAGACAGCCACUGAGUAGUGUGUCGUCUUUAGAGGUGCACUUUGACCUCUUAGACCUGACUGAGCUGACUGACAUGUCUGACCAGGAGCUGGCUGAAGUCUUUCCAGACUCUGAUGAGGAAAAUCACAAUCAGUCCCCAGCAGGCUCCCACCAGCCUUUGCUGCCCAGGGGUGGCUACAUGCGCUCUCCUUCAUGGACGCGCUGCAGUAAAGUUGAGCCUCCUCGAGAGCGGAAGCAUCACAGUGACUCAGACACUGCCGAGCCCUUAAUGAAGCUAGAAAGGCCAAAGCAUCCCUAACUGUUCAAGUCACAAGUCGCUAUCGAACCCUGAGUUGGAGACGCCGUCAGAGUGGAGAUCAUCCACACGAUGUCCCAUGGUGCUGUGGAGUUCAGGCUGAACUCUGGAUACUGUGCUCUCUACAAAUGUGCAUUACACACACACACACACACACACACACACACACACACACACACACACACACACACACACACACACACACACACACACACACACACACACA